CUCAUGCAAAGGGCAAUGAAAUUUAUUUAUUUAUUUAUUCGUUCAAGUUUGAUUCUGCAAGUCUUCUUUUCGAUUCGUUUUUCAAAGCACUCACUCAAAACUCUACUUAUUAUAGCCGUACUCUCCUACUCUUCUUCACUGCUCAUUAUCUUCUCUGUAAAAACAACCAGUCAUCAACUCAGACAGACUAUGCAACUUACACUCACAAUGAGUUAUUUUCCUCUACUUCUUCUUCUUCUUCUUCUGUUCUCUGCGCCAUGCUAUGGCUACACUGAUUUAGAAUUACUAUUGAAGCUUAAAUCCUCCGUGAUCGCAUCAAACGCCUCUGGUCUCCACGACUGGCAACUCUCACCGUCGCCGUCUGCUCACUGUUCUUUCUCCGGAGUUACAUGCGACGACGACUCACGUGUUGUUUCUCUCAACCUGACGUCACGUAAAGGUUUUUUCGGUUUCCUUCCCCCGGAAAUUGGCCUGUUGAACAGGCUUGUGAAUCUUACUAUUCCUUCGCUUGCUCUCACCGGGAAACUUCCUCGGGAAAUGGCGCAGCUCACUUCUCUGAGAAUUUUGAAUAUUUCUAAUAAUGUUUUCAUUGGUAAUUUCCCUGGAGAAAUUACUCUCGCCAUGACUCAGCUUGAGGUUCUUGACAUUUACAACAAUAACUUCUCUGGCUUCCUGCCAUUGGACCUCGCGAAGCUGAAGAAUCUCAGGCAUCUUCAUCUCGGCGGGAACUUCUUUACUGGUACAGUACCGGACUCAUAUUCAGAGAUACAAAGCUUGGAAUAUUUAGGGCUAAACGGCAACGGAUUAUCAGGUACCAUCCCUGCAAGCUUAUCCAAGUUGAAGAAUCUUAAAAAGUUGUACCUCGGGUACUUUAACUUGUAUGAGGGAGGUAUACCACCGGAAUUUGGCUCGUUGAGUUCGCUUGAAGUUCUCGACAUCGCGCAGUCUAAUCUCAGCGGCGAGAUUCCUCCAAGCUUAGGCCAGUUAAAGAAUCUCGACACUUUGUUUCUUCAAAUGAAUCGUCUCUCAGGUCAUAUUCCUUCCGAAUUAUCUGGUUUAGUAAGCUUGAAAUCUCUUGACCUCUCAUUUAAUGAGCUCAGAGGUGAAAUACCAGCCAGCUUUGCGAAAUUGAAGAACAUCACGCUUAUCCAUCUGUUUAAGAACACCAUGGCCGGUCAAAUCCCUGAGUUUAUCGGCGAUCUUCCAAAUCUUGAGGUUCUUCACGUUUGGGAGAACAACUUCACUUUUGAACUACCGAGAAAUCUUGGCCAGAACGAAAAGUUGAAGAUGCUUGACGUGUCUUACAAUCAUCUCACCGGUUUAAUUCCGCGUGAUUUAUGUAAAGGUGGGAGACUACGGGAGUUAGUGUUGAUGAAAAAUUUCUUCCUUGGGCCUCUACCUGAGGAACUUGGCCAGUGCAAGUCGUUAAACAAAAUUCGUGUGGGGAAUAAUCUCCUGAGUGGAAAUAUUCCGACUGGAAUCUUCAACUUACCGGCGAUGGGGAUGAUUGAGAUGAAUGAUAACUACUUCUCAGGUGAGUUUCCGUCGGAGAUGUCAGGUGCUGCACUGGGAUUAUUGAAGCUUUCUAACAACCGAAUUGGCGGGAGCAUUCCGGGCUCAUUUGUGAAUUUGAGGAAUUUACACAUUAUACAGGUUGAGAAUAACAGGUUAUCAGGUGAAAUUCCUGACGAAAUCUUUAAUCUGAAGUAUCUUACAACGAUCAAUAUUAGUGCCAAUAAUCUGAGCGGUGAGAUUCCUGCUUCAAUUUCGCAUUGCACUUCUCUAACAUCAGUUGAUUUCAGUCGAAACCGCCUCCACGGCGAAAUUCCUGAGGAGAUCACAAAAUUAAAAGAUUUGAGCAUUCUCAAUGUUUCACAAAAUCAGAUUACAGGACAAAUACCUAACGAUAUUCGGUUCAUGACGAGCCUCACAACUCUCGAUCUCACCUACAACAAUCUGAUUGGACGAAUUCCUACUGGAGGUCAGUUUCUUGUGUUCAAGGAUGUUUCCUUCAUCGGAAACCCCAAUCUCUGUGCACCUCACCAACAAUCCUGUCCGUCUCUGAUAAACUCACGUCAUGGUUCUGGCCAUGGUCACACGGCCUCGUUCAGCACUCCCAAGUUAAUAAUCACGAUCAUUUCGCUCGUUACAGCUUUGCUGCUAAUGAUUGUCUCAGUUUACAGAUUGAGACAGAGGAGGCUCGAGAAAUCAAAGGCUUGGAAAUUAACAGCAUUCCAGCGGCUAGAUCUCAGAACAGAAGACGUUCUUGAAUGCUUGAAAGAAGAGAACAUUAUAGGCAAAGGCGGUGCUGGAAUUGUCUACCGCGGGUCCAUGCCUGACGGUUCUGACGUGGCAAUUAAACGACUGAUCGGUCGAGGAAGUGGACGGAAUGAUCAUGGAUUCUCCGCUGAGAUUCAAACUCUCGGACGGAUCAGGCACAGAAAUAUUGUGAGGCUGUUAGGUUAUGUGUCCAACAAGGAUACGAAUUUGUUGCUAUAUGAAUACAUGCCUAAUGGAAGCUUAGGGGAGGUUUUACAUGGUUCAAAAGGAGGCCAUUUGAAAUGGGAGUCGAGGUUCAGGAUUGCUGUGGAGGCUGCAAAAGGACUCUGUUAUCUCCACCAUGACUGCUCUCCUUUGAUAAUACAUAGAGAUGUGAAGUCGAACAAUAUAUUGCUCGAUUCAGACUUCGAAGCUCAUGUAGCUGAUUUUGGAUUGGCUAAAUUCUUGCUAGACGCGGGUGAAUCGGAAUGUAUGUCCGCUGUUGCUGGCUCAUAUGGCUACAUCGCACCAGAAUAUGCGUACACUUUAAAAGUAGACGAAAAGAGUGACGUGUACAGUUUCGGAGUAGUGCUACUGGAACUAAUAGCAGGGAAAAAGCCAGUUGGGGAAUUUGAAGAAGGAGUAGACAUAGUGAGAUGGGUAAGGAAUAUGACAUCAGAAGUAUCACAGCCGUCUGAUGCAGCUUCAAUCCUGGCAAUUGUGGACUCCAGGCUUACCGGGUAUCCGCUGGCCGGAGUAAUUCACCUGUUUAAGAUAGCAAUAAUGUGUGUUGAAGAUGAAAGCUCUGCUAGGCCUACCAUGAGGGAAGUUGUUCAUAUGCUCACUAAUCCUCCUCCGCCCGUCUGCACCGGCCUUUAAGACUAAUGUCUGAGCAAUAAAACUGACAAGUGUAAUAAGGUUGUAAAAAUGAAAUGUUUGAAGCAUUAUGUGUACUAAAGUGGUUGUUGAUCUUGUUUCAAUUUGCUAUGUGUAAAGGAAAGAAAAUGCAAUCCGUGUCUAUGGAAAAUGUGGUUAUUUA